GAACGCAACACUGGUAUUUGCUUGCUUUUAUCAUCAAAAAUAUUUUGUGCAGUUUAUCCAUUUAUCCAAGGCCGUAGCGAGUAACUUGCUAUCAAUGUAAUAAUUUAAUCGUUAUUUAAAUGGUCCAGUACCAUGGAAGACGAAAUUGAGGAAUGUAUCAGGAAAAAGACACAGUGGUCGCAGUUACCAGCGACUGUAAAAAAGCUGUUGGGUGAUUCGCCAAAAGAAUAUGAAAGAUACAUAUUCGAAUUUAGUAUUAAAAAUCAAUUGAGGUACAGAGGGAGUCUUGUAAGGACAGUUCGGAAAGAUGAGAAGAAGUAUUAUGAGACUCUUGUACAGAGCAGCAUACAGAGGCUCAUGCUCUACCCCUAUCACCUAGCAGAUAUGAUUGUGAAAGGUUUGAGAAUAACCCCGUUCAUUUACUAUGUGGAGGUAGUGGCACUCCUCAUUGAGCUGGAGAAGAGCUAUGAUACUAUGCCCAACUUCACUGCUGCUGACUGUCUCAGAUUGCUUGGUAUUGGUCGGAAUGAAUACCUAGAGUUGGUGGCCAAAGCCAGGUCUCUAGGUCGCCGAGGACGAGCCAAGGCAAUCCGCGCCCUACUCCCACGCGUACCGCUCAACAUACCCAUGCAACCGUGGUGGAGAGUCGAACUCGGAUACGUUCUUGAAGAUGAUGUCAAGCCUCUGGGCGAGAGCGAGAGAGCGCUAAUAGACUUGCUAAUCGACCGCGGCUCGCAGACCGCCGGCACCCUGGACUACUACGUCGUCAAGACUCUGUACAGACGCGGCCUAAUCUACCUGGACGUGCCAAUAACGGCCGCUGACAAGGUGUCCGUGCCCCCCCUCAAGGGGUUCGUGAUGAACCGCAUCGCCGGCGACUACUUCGAGACGCUGCUGUACAAAGUGUUCGUCUCCAUUGAUGAACAUACUAGCGUUGCUGACUUGGCUGCUGUUUUACAGGUGGAAUGCGAGUUGGUAAAGCAAGCAGUAUCGCUGUACUGUCGCCUGGGGUUCGCCAACAACCUGCAGCCCCCGCCCGUGUCCCCGCAGCACCCGUCCUGGAGGGACGCCGUCACCACACAUAACCAUCAGCCGUACAGACAGAUUGCUCCGUUAACGUUCGACCCCAACAUGGAUGACGACGCGCUGCAAAUGGAACCGAUCCUCAUAAAGAAUCAGACGCCAUCUACUUCCAAACAAGUAUGUAGUCCAGAUGAAAUAACGGAGUCUUCAAACAACGGUGGACGAAGAGUUGCAAUCUUGUUUGACUCCACCCUAGCAGCUUAUCUUAUGAUGGGAAAUCUAUCUCCAGAUCUAAAGAGUCAUGCGGUAACGUUGUUCGAAGUCGGUAAACUGCCGGAUGAGAGUCUGGACAGUUUACUCAUGGAGUUGGAUAAGGUGGUGGCGGACCCGGAGAUCGAGGGCGAGGCGCGGCGCUACCUGGCGGCGGCGGCGUGCCUGCGCGCGGCGCUGCGCUCGCUGCGCGCCGCCCUGCGCCCGCUCGACCUGCUGCGCUGCGAGGCGCUGCAUGCGCUCGGCGCCGCCGCGAGGGCACGACUGCUCGCCACCAAGUACAAGCUAGCAAUAUCGACAGCCCCGCUGUGCCGCGAGGCGCGGGCGGGCGCGGCGGCGGGGUCCCUGCCCCACAUCGGGCCCGCGCCCCCCGAGGCACACACGCCCUGGAUGAAGCUCUACCUGUAUCAUGUGGCCGGGUAUGGACCACCCACGCUCUUACUCACUAAGGGCACUCAACUACGUGGCGUCCCACGCCUCCUCCUCGGCUACUCCCGGCUGGGUGUGUCGUGGUGGGGGGCGGAGGCCGCGCUGGAGGGGGCGGGGACGGCGGCGGGGGCGCUGCCCGCGGCCCCCGCGCUGCAGGCCGCCAACACGGCGCUGCGCCGCGGGCCCGUGCUGCUGCAGGCGCUCGGGGUCCGCCACCCCGCGCCGCUGCGACAUCUCAUGUUCCCACCUGAAGCUGAUACUUGCACAGAGUCACAAGCGCUAUGGUCUCGUCACGCUGGCCUACGUCGCUUGUUGAAGAGACUGCGCCUGACUCGCUCCGUCGGCUACGUGACACUGGCAGACAUCGGCGUGCCAGACCUCGGCUGUGCCAGACCACCGGCUACCGUGCAAUUAGUACAACAAAGAAAGAAGAAAGAAAUUUGUGGCAUUGCGAAACCUAUCAGCGAAGUGUCGUUAUCGUCGACGGAAUCCGCAGAAAGAUACACGGAGGAGUACUCCAAGAACCUGACGAGGUUGCAGUCCCCCAUAGAGUCACACUUCGCCGUCACCCCCACCACUGACAGCAAGAACUCCUCCCCAGCCAACGGCUUCACCAGCGUCGAGUCUGGACAGCUACUCUGUGACGAACUCGACAACUUAGCCCUCGAUGACGUCACGAAACACGCUCACAGCAAAGAGUCCAUAGCCAACAGUGACGACCUCGUCCCCAUACAUUCCUCUUCCACUAGCAUCGAAGACCUGAAAUCCGAUAAAAAGCAUUCCAAAGAACACUCCACAAGCAAAGAAUCGAUCGCUCUAUCAGACGAUCUCGUUCCCAUACACUCCUCGUCCGUGAGUAGCGAGAAUUUGAACAAGAAGUGCGACCGGUCGGUCAACCAGUUGGAGGAUUUGUUGAGUCCGGCCGAGGAGUCCAUCUCUAUGUUUACCCAGUUGAACGACAAGUUGACCGAGAUGUCGGCCGCGGAGGGCGACAGUGGCGUGGAUACUGCUCACUAUGUGUCGGACGAUGAGACUUGUAGACCAGAGAGAUGGACUAUAGUAGACCUCCAGUUCGGCAUACCGCUGUUUGACGAAGCACUAUGUGAGAAGAUUUGCAAGUGUAUUGUAGAACGAAUAGCGAAACCUGAACUAUUGGAGAAGGUGAAAGAAGACAAUGAGUUCAUACGUUCCGAUAUAUUGAAGUUUGUGUCGCAAUGUCAGUACUACCCCGGCGAAGACAUGGGAAUAGUAAAACGUGGUUCCUUAGUUCCAUUACCGAGAAAGAAUCUGGCGUUCGAGAACGGCAGGAUCAGUGAGUGGACCGGCAAGUGAAUGCCGUCUCACUCGCACACGCCAUAUCUACUAUUAGUGCGAUAGAGACAGACGUAUGUUUGUUGUUCCGGAGUUGAGCUUUACUAGACGUUAUGUAGAGAGUUCUUAAGUUGUAUGUGGUGACAGUGGACGUGGAAAAUGUUUGGGGGAUUUGAGAAAAAGUUACAAAUACUAUUUUCAGCCUGUGCCUGGCCAUUAAUAAUUAUGGUUAAAUAAACAAACUUAAUGUAUCAUUAAGGAAUAGCCUGAGGCUUUAGUAAGAGUUUGUUUUACGUUUAACGAGUCCGACAGAGAACGCGUUCCAUGCUCUGAUUGGUUGAUUCAUUGCAGCCGACCAAUCACGACGCCGAACGCGGUCUCUUCGUCUCAUUCAUGCACUACGAAAUCUUAAUAUACUAUUUUUAUUUCGCAUACUCGAUCGAUAGAAUUUUACUCUAAUUUAAAACGAUAACCAUAAUUCCUAUUGCAAAACUUUAAGGAUUGAUACACUAAAAUAAUAAUCACAUUAGUUUCUUUGAAAAAUUCAAAGGAUUCUCCCAUACAUUUUCUUCUGCCCACUUUACAAUACAAUAAAAGUAUUGCGAUUGAGAAGCUUCCGUAAAGAGUUAUUCAGAAUAUAGUAUUUAAUUUAGGUUUCAAUCUAUGUGACAUAACCCUAUGUCACAUUAACAUAACGUUGUUUUAUGUCAAAGUGAUAUAAUUAUUAUGUCAAUACUUUUGUCCACGAACUUAAACUUAGAAAGUUCUACCUAAAAAUAGUCAUUCUUUCUCUCUCUUUCACAUAAAGAAAAUAGAGAUAGUAAUAAUUAAGUUGUGGGUAAAAGAUAUUGACACAAUUCUUGAUUAUUAUUUAUUAUAGAAAGAAGUAAAUUUUCGGUUUUUAAAGUCAGUUUUUCCUUUGGAAUUUUUGAGCGUUGGUACCAUGAAGCAAGUACAAAGAGGAGAUGCCAUAAUGUGAUUGUGCACUGUGACAAAACAAAUGGGUUUUGCCCAAUGAUAUUAUAAGUAAAAGGUGUAGAUAGGUUAUAAGCGCUCAGAAAGUGGCACAUUAAAAUGUGGACAAUUGGCAACAUUAUAGUGUAUGGAUGGAAAAUAAUGAGGGGGCAUGGUUUGUAACGUCCUGUACUCCCCGUAAAGUGUCACGCAUUAUGUUAAUGGGAAAUCCAGUUAUGAGAUCUCUUUGUAUUUGCUUCAUGCCUUAUUUUCCAAUGUAUAAUCACAACUAUUAUGUUAUAAACGUUAACUUAUACCUAUUUCAGGAAUUGAAUCCAAAUCAAAAGAGUUUUGCUAAUGCAUCCAAUUCAGUAGUUUUAUAUGAUAUCUUUCAACAAACACAAACUUCAGCUUUAUUAUCAGUGGGCAUAAAGCCCAAAUUGAUACCAAUGGUCCAAAUGGCCAUCUUAAAAAAGAACUGUCUGUAUGUUAAAAAUAAUAGAUCAUACAUAAAACCUGCAUGGUAUGAAUGUCCCAAAUAUUGUCUAUGCAGAAUAUAACUUUUAAUUUUAUGAAGUAGGAAUGAUUCCAAUAUCAAAAUAAGUUACUUUAAUUGAAAAAAGGUAAUUAUUAUUUAAAUGUUAGUGGCAAAACUUAAUUUAAAAUUUAAAAAGAUGUGUGCGAAAUCUAGAAAAAUUGCCAUUAUGAAAAAAAAUAUUUUUCGUUUCUUAUUUUCGGGUGACUGCAAUGAAUGAAAAGUGGUGUCUUCAAAUACACUAAAAAUGACGACUUAUGUAACUUCUAAAGUGUUUAAUCACAAUUAAUUUUAUUUAUAUGCAAUAAAAAUAUUAUUUAAUGUUAAUUUAAUUCCCUUCAAAGUUUAACUGUUCAAAUAAUACAAAAAAUAAUAAUUUUAAAGGUUAAUCUCCUAAGAAAGCAAUCUGUUUCUAAAAGGUCCUUUUGAAAACAAAAUAAAUUAUGAACAAUACUAGAAUUUAAAACUAGUGCCAACUACUCCUUAAAAGUUACCAAUACACAAUCAAAUAUUUCAUCUUGGCCUUUUAAAAACAAUGUGUAAGAGAUUUUAAUUAGUUAAAUAAUGUAUAGAAAAUAUAAUAAAUGUGCAUCUUUAAUUUAGUUUUAUGAUUUGUUCUUUUUUUAACGCAAAUUAUUGUCAGUAUUGUAUGUUAUGUCUACAUUAUGAAUCAGAGAUUUAUUUAUUGUUAUACUUGUACUUAGAAUACGAUUUUAUCAUUCAUUGUUUUAUUUUGUUUAGAAGUAAAUUCUUAUACAGUUCUCAUCGAAUUUUAUGGCCACGCUGUCCUCGCUUGCUUAUUUUAAGUUCAAACCCUACACUGCGGUUUAAUGCGCAACUUUGCGCAAAAUUUUGCGCAAUGCGCAUGGUCAACCGGAAUAUUAAGAUAGGUACAUACAUUCUUAUAAUCAUUGCUAGAAGUAAUUUAUUGAGCCUGUUAUCUUUUUCGAGUAUUUAAUCCUAGGGUUCAGCAAGUAGGAAGAUAGCGAGGCCAUAAAAUUGGAUAAGUACUAGUCGUAAUGUCGAAAUCGAUUAAAUUUUAACACUCUUACGAGUAAAUAUGGCCAUAACUAAUUACAUUUAAUAGUAAGUAUCCGUCCCUUUUGCCUCGACCACUCUUUGGAUUGUGUCCGUCAAUUAAACAAAAUGGAUUAAUAUUAUUUAGUUUCUUUGUUUUUUUUUUUAGACAGUGUCGUUACGCCAUAACGAGCAAUCCAGUUUGCUUGUAGUUAAACACAAAUUAAUCAACAUAAUUUACGUUUUUAUAGCUUACUUCAGUUUUUAUUAUUGUAAGAUACAAAUAAACUAUUUGUAAAUAA